AUGUGAAGGGUUGCAGCAAUUCCUAGGCUUCGCUAAUUAUUACAACAGGUUCGUGCCACAGUAUGCGAAACUCGCAGCACCACUCACGAAUCUGCUGAAGAAGAACACACCCUACAAAUGGGAUCCGAAGCACCAGGAAGCCGUGGAGCUGCUGAAACAAGCACUCACGUCCUCACCAGUACUCAUCUUGCCAGAUCCCAAACGCAAUUACGUAAUAGAAGCUGACGCCAGCGACCAGGCAGUGGGAGCAGUCUUAAUGCAAGAUCAAGGGAAUGGGCUGCAACCUAUCGCCUACCUGAGUAAGAAACUACACGGGGAAGAACUCAACUACCCGAUACACUACAAGGAGGCCCUGGCUAUCAUCAUCGCCUUCAAAGCGUGGAGAUAUUAUCUCGAAGGACGAAGAACAACCGUCUACACUUCCGCUUACGCCUGCCAGCUAUAUGGAAGAUUCACAACGCCUUCCAUGUCCAACUUCUGAAGCCCUAUCAGGAUCCAAACACGA